CGGAAAUGGGCAGCGCUGCGAGGGAGAAUAGUCAAGUAAGAUUGUCCAUGAAACGCGGCGGAUUGAAGCGAGAGUUGCAGUAAAAUGUCUAAGUCCGAGGUUCUGAGAGGUUUUGUUACCGAGAGACUCGCCGCCGCCUCCCAGGAAAUCUUAGCGGCCGUGGACGGACUCGUAGCCGGGUACGAGGAGGAGGCGUCGGGCCUCAGACAGGAGAUCGACCGGCAGAGGAGACAGCUGGAGCUUCUCCUGCAGCCUCGGGUCAUACUCAACAAAGCCGGUGUGAAGUGCAGCAGGAGACUCCGCCAUGAUGAAGAGGAUAACGAAGAUGAGUACGACAAGAAUCUGGAUAUGAAUAACAGAACUCCAUCAAGGUCUUUUUCCUCCAGAGGUCAGUAUUUGCAGAGGAAGCACAGCGGACCUCAGAUCAGUGAAACUCAGAACCACGUGGACCUCAGGAUCCGAUUCCAGGAGAACCAACAGACCGAAGUACCUUCAAAAGAAAAUGUUCAGUAUCUGUUCCUGAUUAAAGAAGAGGUUCCCCUUGAGUUGAGCCCUCGUCUGGAUCAGGAGGAACCAGAGAACCCACGUCUUAAAGAGGAACAGGAGGAACUCCGGACCAGUCAGGAGGGAGAACAGCUUCAAAGGCUGGAGGAGGCUCAUGAUACCAAGGUCCCACUCACUCCUGUCCAUGUGAAGAAUGAAGAUGAUGAAGAGAAACCUCAGUCUUCACAGCCUCAUCCAAGCCGAACUGAAAGGAGCAGAGAGGCAGAGCCUCCAUCCAGCAGCUCAGCUCAGCAGAUGGAAACAGAGGCUGAUGGAGAGGACUGUGGAAGAUAUAAACCAGACAGGAACUUAGAUCCACAUGGUCAUCUUCAACCAGACACAGAUGAACAGGUCUCACAGUCCUCCGAGACUGAAGACAGUGACAUUGAUUGGAAGGAAACCAGAGCAAGAUUUAAGGGACAGACGAAUCUUAGGUGGCACACCAACGCCCAUACAGGAGAGAAACCAUUUGUUUCUGAUGUUGGUGGGAAAGAAUUCUACCGACAGCAUCAUGUCACAGCGGACGUGAAAGUCCAUACAGGAGAGAAACCAUUUGGUUGCAGUGUUUGUGGGAAGGGAUUUAGGGUAAAGAGGGAUCUUAUGAGGCACAUUAGAGUCCAUACAGGAGAGAAACCAUUUGGUUGUGAUGUUUGUGGGAAGAGAUUUAAGGAAAAGUGGGAUCUUACAAGGCACAUUAGAGUCCAUACAGGAGAGAAACCAUUUGGUUGUGAUGUUUGUGGGAAAGGCUUUAAGUUAAAGGGUAAUCUUACCAAGCAUAUUAGAGUCCAUACAGGAGAAAAACCAUUUGGUUGUGAUGUUUGUGGGAAGAGAUUUAGGGUAAAGAGGGAUCUUAUGAGGCACAUGAAAGACCAUACAGGAGAGAAACCAUUUGGUUGUGAUAUUUGUGGGAAGAGAUUUAGGGUAAAGAGGGAUCUUAUGAGGCACAUGAAAGACCAUACAGGAAAGAAACCAUUUGGUUGUGAUGUUUGUGGGAGAAAAUUUAAAGGACAGGCGAGGUUAACGCAGCACACAAGAAUCCAUACGAAAGAGAAACCGUUCAGUUGCAGCUUCUGUGGCAGGACAUUCAGUCAUGAGUCAAACAGGGUAAGACAUAUGAGGAUAUGUAAACACAAACAUGCUAUUGAAAGCAGCAGCAGUAAGUGAAACUGCAGAGUUGCUGGUUCAGUUGAACUGUAACAGCGUAAUACAGCAUAGUUGAAAUACAUUAUAUGUUUCAAAUUUACUGUUAUUUGUAUGAAAGUGUAACACAAUUUAGUUUUAAAACUAAACUCAUUCUUGCACAUUUGUACCAGGGUUGCGCGACCUUAACCAUAGUCAGAUCGGCCAGUCGUCACCCAGUGCAAUUGCCGAGAGCCAAUAUGAUCGGCGAGGGUGGUGAUGGUGUGUAAGUACAGUACAGACUACAUGACUGUUCGCAUCAGAAGUGCAUUUGUCUCUGCUGGUCAACAAGCGAUUACACUCCUCUGCUCUGUCGUAAUCGCACGUAGAGCUGAUCUUAUGAAGUAUUUCUGCCUUCUUUAUGUACAGUUUGAUCACGAGUGAAGUGUAUAUCAAUCAAUACACCUUAAAUGUCAAUAUGAAAACUUUGACCAUUUCAGUGACAGCAACAUUUCAUCACUUUGAGAAAAAAGUAGUGGUGCUUCGUUACAGUACGUCCCGGCAGCUCUACACGUUAGCUUACCCAACGCAACGUAACAUGACCAAAAAAGUGCAUGUCCCGUUUUGCUGCGUCUCUCCCUCAUUAAAAGCAGCAGGUUCAGAAACUGAACUAAAUGACAUGUUCUGUCUCUGUGUCGUUCUCCUCCACUCUUAAAUCAUAGCUCAGCUCAGCUCUGACACACAACAAGCAGCUUCAUUACAAUCAGCUGAAUGGAGUGUGUGUGCGCUUGGAUGUUGUAGGCGUCACUUAGACACGGUUAUAUAUGUGGAACUGUGGCUGUCAAGUUAAAUUUAACAUUAAUUUAAUAUUACAAAUAAUAAGUAACUACAUCAACGGGAAACAAGUCGAAUACCGUCUUGACAUUUUGUUUUAAUUUUACAAGUCAAAGUAAUAUCAAUUGAACGAGAAGAGCAGACGUGCUUCAGAAUAUUUUUGUAUCAUCGGGUAAAUGUUUUGUGUGAACUAACUCUUUAAACCAGAUGUUUAGGACAGAGAUAACCUUUCCUUUGUGAAUAAUAAAACUCUUUCAUCAGUUUACGUUGAACUCAUUUAUAUUAGAUUUUUUUAAAUUACCAUUUUUUGAAGGUACUUGGGUCUGUGGGUUGUCCUGGA